AAGAAGAUCCAAGAAGGCUGAGCAAACUUCAGACCCAGACACACAGGACUCAACGAUCUAUUCCUGGAAGGCAAGGUACUAUAAUGGCAACCACAAUCUGUUUUAUUAUCUGGGUGUUAUUCAUAACAGAUACUGUAUGGACUCGAAGUGUGAGACAGGUCUAUGAGGUAUAUGAACCAGAAGAAUGGACUAUGCCUGACUCCGAUUGUCCUAGGGAAUGUUUCUGUCCCCCCAGUUUCCCGACUGCUUUAUACUGUGAAAAUCGAGGUCUCACAGAAAUUCCCACUGUUCCUUCAAGGAUCUGGUAUCUUUAUCUUCAAAACAACCUGAUAGAAACUAUUCCUGAGAAACCAUUUGAGAAUGCCACCCAGCUGAGAUGGAUAAAUCUAAACAAAAACAAAAUAACCAACUAUGGAAUUGAAAAAGGAGCCCUAAGCCAGCUGAAGAAGCUACUUUUCUUAUUUCUGGAAGAUAAUGAGCUAGAUGAGGUACCUUCUCCAUUGCCAAGAAGUUUAGAGCAAUUACAAUUAGCUAGAAACAAAGUGUCCAGAAUUCCUCAAGGGACCUUCAGCAAUCUGGAGAACCUGACUCUUCUUGAUCUACAGCACAACAAACUAUUAGACAAUGCCUUUCAAAGAGACACCUUUAAGGGACUCAAGAACCUCGUGCAGCUAAACAUGGCCAAGAAUGCAUUAAGGAACAUGCCACCGAGAUUACCAGCCAAUACAAUGCAACUGUUUUUAGACAACAAUUCCAUUGAAGGAAUUCCAGAAAAUUACUUUAAUGUGAUUCCUAAAGUGGCCUUCCUGAGACUAAACCACAAUAAAAUAUCAGAUGCAGGUCUGCCAUCAAGUGGUUUUAACGUAUCAUCAAUUCUAGAUCUUCAACUGUCUCACAAUCAUCUCACAAAGUUUCCCCGAAUCAGCGCUUAUCUGCAGCACCUUCACCUUGAUCAUAACAAAAUUAAAAGUGUGAACGUCUCUGUAAUAUGUCCUUCCACACUGCCUGCAGAACAAGAUUUCUUCAGUUAUGGACCUCAUCUUCGCUACCUCCGUCUGGAUGGAAAUGAAAUCAAACCACCGAUCCCCAUGGAUUUAAUGACUUGUUUCAGGCUUCUUCAGGCUCUCAUUAUUUAAACACAUCUUCACCAAAUCUAAAAUUGUUUGGUGAGCUCAUGUUGCUGAUAUGAAACUUAGUUACCAUUCAUAGGUUUCGAACAAAAGUCCCAUUUCCCAUGGCUCUUGGCCACCAUUUUCAUUUGCGCAGCUUAUUUUUUUUCUAUUUGAAGAUGCUUUCAACGAUGUCAUGCAGCACAGCCUAUAUCAAUUUGCUUUUCUUUAACUAAUAAAACAGACGCAGAGUUGAGAUAGUUUAUCAACUCAAAGAUAGUUCUUUUGUCUCU